UGAGUGGAAAAAAGAGGGGGGAAUGAACAACACGCCGCCAGGAUUACGGUUGCUCAGGCCUCCUACAGUGAUAGGCCAGUUCCACACCUUGUUCUUCGGCUCCGUGCGGAUGUUCUUCCUGGGCGUCCUUGGAUUCGCCGUCUAUGGGAAUGAGGCGCUGCACUUCAGCUGCGACCCUGACCGCCGAGAACUCAACCUUUACUGCUACAACCAGUUUAGGCCCAUAACACCGCAGGUCUUCUGGGCAUUACAGCUGGUAACAGUCCUGGUUCCUGGAGCAGUAUUCCACCUUUAUGCCGCCUGUAAGAACAUAGACCAGGAGGAGAUCCUCGAGCGACCCAUCUACACAGUCUUCUACAUCAUUUCUGUUCUCCUGCGCAUCAUUUUGGAAGUCAUCGCCUUCUGGCUACAAAGUCAUCUCUUUGGCUUUCAGGUUCACCCACUGUACAUGUGUGAUGCCAGUGCUUUGGAAAAGGCUUUUAAUGUGACAAAGUGCAUGGUACCUGAACACUUUGAGAAAACCAUCUUCCUCAGUGCCAUGUACACCUUCACCAUAAUCACCAUACUUCUCUGUAUUGCCGAGAUAUUUGAAAUACUCUGCCGACGACUGGGCUAUCUCAACAAUCAGUGACACAAGUGCACAGAUAAAAUGACUUGUGGUAAACCUGUAUGACACCUUAUCUGCCAGUUAUACCGGGCUCCUGCCGGCUACGGCUGGACCUUUAUAAAACAGGGAGCGAACAGAAGACCAAAACCUCACCUGUGGUCAAUCGUGAGUAAGUGGCACUAAGAAAUUUGAGACAGUCCAACAAUGUUAGA